AUGGGCAUUGACAUAGCUCGCCACUUCCACCAACUCAACUAUCGCGUCGCCAUUGUCGGGCGCAAAGCAGAGCCAGGCCAUCGACUUGCCGACGAGCUCGACGCCUCCCGCGCCACCGCUGACUUCUUCCCCUGCGAGCUCCAAUCAUACGCCUCACAAUCCUCCCUAUUCCGAGCUGUUCACCAGAAGUGGAACCGCGUCGACGUCCUGGCCGCCAACGCCGGCAUCGUCGACCUCUCCUCGGUCUACCUCUACGCACAUCGCAACAAGCCCCUCUCCGAGCUCCCACCGGAGCCCGACCUGAGCUGUACAGACAUCGACUACAAGGGCGUCAUCUACGGCACCACUCUCGCCACACACUUUAUGCGCCACAACCCAACCCCCGGCGGCAAGAUCAUAAUCACUGGCUCCAUCGGCGCCAUCUUCCCCCACCGCAGCUACCCGGAAUACUGCGGCGCCAAAGCGGCGGUUCUACAGUUCGUGCGUGGCAUCGCCCCGCUGCUGAAGCGAAAGGAGAACAUCACCAUCAACUGCGUCCUUCCUGGCGCGGUUGACACGCCCAUUGUGCCCCCCGAGAUGAUCAAAGCCGUGUCACCCGAAUGCGUAACCAAGAUCUCCACCGUCAUCAAAGCCUACGACGAGUUCCUCCUGCACGACGAAGCCAACGACAAGACCGGCCAGGCGGUCGAGGCGUCCGCAGAUCAGAUCUUCUACUACGAUCUGCCGGAGAUGGCCAACGGGUACAAGACGGCUCGCGCCGUCACCGUGUGGGAGCCGCUCUUCAGGGCUAUGCAUGGCGAGGACUCAGGGUUGGAGGGGGCGAUUCCCUGA